AUGGAUAAUAAAAAAUAUGUGAUAAAAUAACAUGGCAGGGAAAUCAAAGCAUAAAAAAAGGAGGAAAUCAAAACAACUAUUGAAUAAUUACGCAAGAAAUUUGAAUAAUAAGUAGCUCUUAAUAAAUAUGAUGAAGGAUAAUGUAUUAUUAGAACCAAUAGAAAUUAUAAAGAUUUGCGAAGAAUUCUCUGAUAUAUUUCUUCUGAAAAGAGAAAUCCAUACUAUCUAAAAUUAAAUGGUUGAGAUUAUAGAUCUAAAAUUAAAUGUUGAUCCUGAGAUUGAAGAUAAAAUUCUAACAUCAAGUUUUAUUAUACACCAAACAUUUAGGAGAGGAUUAAGUUUAAUUGGCUUUUAAAAUUAAUUUGGGUUACUUCGAAAAGGGAUGAUGAAAUUUUUUGAUAUGUAAAUGGUAUAUAGAAAUUAGAAAAAUUAUUGAUCAAGAAAAAGCAAAGUCUAAGGAAAAAAAUGAUUUAAAUAACCAAAUAUCAUUUUACACAUUACAUAGAAUAUACAAAGAAUUAGAAAAUGGAAGGCCUAUUAAAGUAAGAACAUUUAAUAACAUCUAGAUAUAAGUUUAAGAAAAAGCCAAUGGGGAAAAUGCAUAAAUAAGUUAUUUUUCACCUUUGAAUGUGUGGGUGAUUUGUUCCAAAAAUACUGCUAUUUUAUGUAAUGGAGUUGAUGAUUUGAAAAUUUAUUCCGAUCAAAAAUAUAAUCUUGCAGUAUAAAUUGCAAAAUAAUGGUUUAAAAUGAUAGAUUAAAAUCCUCAACUAGUAGAGAUUAAAUAAGAAUUAGCAAAUUCCACUUUAGUUGGGGAAUAUUGUGGACAUCCAAAAUUUCAGCAUCUAGUGAAAUAUGAUAAUAUUUCUCUAAAAUUUUUCUCAAGAGUUAAACAUGAUAGUUUAGAAACUUGUGAACUCUUAAGCGAAUCUAGAUUGUUGUUUUAAAAAUAUUAACUUCCAACUGUUUCUUGUAGAUUGGAAGUUCAAGUAGAUUCCAAAGAGAACUUGAUUAUUGAACUAAAAAAACUAAAAGACAUAAUCAAAAUAAAGAGCAUAGAGGAGGAGGGAGAAGGAGCAGUUUUAUAUCUUUUAAAUGAUUAAGAUUAAUGCCUUUCACUCGGGAAAUUAAAAACUAUUGAAUGUAAUUGAUAUUUAUAUUCUAUAUAGACAAAAUACAUAGGUAAAUUAGAGAGGCAUUGAAAGAUUGCAUUCACUAAAAAGGAAACCCAGUUAAAACUUAUUAGGCUUUGUAACAAAGCGUACAAUAGUUUACAGCUAUUGAUUAAGGCAAGAGGAAAUAAUACUUGCAAUUUGCUUCUAAUUUACUCCAAGAAGCUUCAAAGUAUGCAUUCAAAUAUAUGCGAUUAGUUUUCUUAAAGGUCAGCAAGAUGCAAACAUAAAAUAAAUUUAAUAACUACUUUUCAGUCUAAUUGAUAAAAGCUAUUUAGACAUCAAGGAUAGAAUAUAGAACAAAGGAAAAGAAGAAAUGAAUGUGUUUAAAUAAUUGAUAGAAUAAGGUGAUAAUAAAUAAUGA